ACUGAGCAGGAAUAUGAUUGCAUGAGAGAGGGGAAUUAUUAUUAAAAAACGAGAAGACCACCAAUCUAAGACCGCCUUCACGCCGUGAGGAAAGUUGAGGAGAGAGCGAACAGGAAGUCUUCUUUCCCUCAGGAGGAAGCCAAGUCUGGUUGCUGCAAAAGCAGCCGACCCCGUGGCUUCUGUCGGGAAGGAAUGCGCGCGCCGGAGACAGACAGACGGAGAGCGUACUGUACAGAGGAUCACCCUCCACUCUCUCACACCCUCUCACUCACCCAUUGAGUAUCAUUUCCUCCUCCCUCUCUCUCUCGUUCUCUCUCUCGUACACACACAACACACGCACACACACUUUCAGUUGCUGCGCUCUGACGGAUGGGAAAACACUGCCAAGGAGGAGUAAGGGGUGAGAAGAGUGUGUUUCUUCUCCUCUUCUCCACUCUGGUGUGUUUUCUGGCGUUCUCUUAUGAGCUCUUAAUUUCAGCCCCACACCCGAGGAUGAGGAGGAUCUAUUUGUGAGGAAGACACAGCAAAAGAAGAGGAAACAAGAAGCAACAGGGUGGCCAAUUCUGCGAGUGGCUGAGGAUCUUUUUUUUUCUCUCUCUCCAGGAUCGAGCAAGGAGUCCUGUCUCCCAGCAGCAGCCAUGUGAGAGGAGCUGUCAGCAUGCAGAGGAUGCCCACAUCCAGCUAAAACAGAGUGGUCCUCCCCCUUCCCCAUCCUCCCCACCUGCUCCGAUCCUCCUUCCCACAUGAGGACAAGAAGAUGACUAUCACCAGCCGGCAGUCCUUUAAUGUCCUGACGGUCAUCUUCCUCCUGCUGUCCACUGCAGCUCUCUCGGCUCAUUACCGGGUGUGCGAACCCUACUUCGACCAUAAAGGGCGGUACCACUUUGGAUUCCACUGCCCGCGCCUCUCAGACAACAAGACCUACAUGUUCUGCUGUCACCACAACAACACGGCCUUCAAGUACUGCUGCAACGACACAGAGUUUCAGAUGGUCAUGCAGGUCAACCUCACCACCACCUCAGACGGUUACGCACACAAUAAUUACACAGCCCUGGUCGGCGUGUGGAUCUACGGCUUCUUCGUCAUGGUGCUGCUGGCCCUGGACUUCCUCUACUACUCAGCCAUAAACUACGAGCUGUGCCGGAUCUACCUGGAGAAGUGGGGUCUGGGCGGCCGCUGGCUGAAGAAGGCCCGGAACCAGUGGCACCGGUCCAUGCCCGAGGAGAGCGAGGUCCAGGCCCAAGCCCAGCCCAUGGUCCCCAGCAGCCACUACCAACCCAGACACAGCCUCAGAGGAGAGAGCCACAGCCCGACGCUCCUGCCCUACAACACGUCCACCGCAUGAAUAAUGCUGCGUGCUGAGUGGACAAACUGAAGAGUAGCAACACCUGGUUUCCUUAUACAGAACAGAGGAGAUGUCCCAGAACCCCUUCUGCAGUGUGGACUGCAGACACGUCACCACCUUCGGCCUGGCCAUACUGUAGUAGUUUGUAGUGACUACUGCCAAUACGUAAUGAGCACAAACACCCGAGGACGGACAGAAGCAGGUUUUUGUUUUUUUUUAAAUCUUUUUUUUAGGAAGAGAUGAUCAAAGAGGACUCUUUCAGCUGCAGCCCCAGCAGAGGAGAGACGGGUUCAUUUUACUGCUCAGAGGGAUUUUCGUGAUCCUUUAAAAGCAGCCGGCGCGGCCCGGAGCGACGAACUGGAAACCCGAAACCCCGCGGGCCUACAGACACAGCUCCUCUUUCUACAGUAGAUAUAAGAUGUUUAUCACGCCGCUGUGUCACUUUGUGUUCAGUAGCAGUUAGACACAGUCGUGGAUUAUCUAUUUGGUGAAUUAUUUAUGUGAACUAGUAGAAGAAUUUCUAUGAGUGGCUAACUUUCUGAACAUACAACAGCUUAGGUUGAUGCUGAGCAUCUCACUUAGAAUGUUUUUUUUGUUGUUUUUUUUUUGUUAAAACCAGACAAACGUGUUCUCAGUGAUGCUAAAAAAACAAAAAAAAAACAUAAGAAAAUGUUUUAACUCCUCCUUGACAAAGACACAGCAUCACAGUUUAUCCUCUGGUGGUUUCAUGAUCCUGACAUGAAGUCCUCCAAAGGUUCUGUCUCUUCACCCAGAACAUUAUUGAAGAUCAGGGACGGCUUCGCAGCAGCAGCAGGAAGCUUUAUGCCAAGUUAAACACAUCCACAAUCCUUGGUGACAAGCCUUCAGACCAACAACAAAGCCAGGCCGAUACUUUUAAGGUUAGUUUGUAAUAUUACGACUCGUCUGAAGCUGUACAAGCGGCAGCUUCGUUAGCAAUAUGAUGCAAUCGAUUAACCGUAAGCUCCUUUAUAAGGAGCAACUCUGUAUCCUGUACUGGUCAUUGAUAAUUGUAAGAAAUUAGCCAUGACUUAAAGAAAAAAAAAAAAGAAAAGAAAACCAUCCGGGCCCCGUCAACACUGGCAGCAAUAAUGUACAGCAGCCUAAUCAGAAAGAUGAACUGGUGCCAUGAAUCCAGCAGGUUCUGACUGGGGAAAACCCCUGACCGCAGACCGCGUGUGCUUAGAGGAGAAGGAAGAGAAAAGAACAUGUUUGUAUUUCAGAGUAAAAGGACUCGUAAGAAGGUCUCCAAAGAUUUAUGUGUCAGCUUGGUAGGAGCUAAAUUAUUACCGCUUUGUGGAAGAAAGCUGUACAGGAGAGUUGCGUCCAGUCAGAGCUUUCAGACUUAAAGUUAUUUACUGGAGAAUAUAAGUCAAAAUGCCCUCCAUUAUUUCCAAGUCUCUUUUUGUUGGUUUUACAAAACAAAAGCCUAAAACCACAAUACAGUGCCUUGUAAAAGUGUUCAAACCAUGUUGACAUUUUGAAAGUUUUUUUACAUCACAACCACACCCUCCGAUGUAUAUUUUUGGGGAUUUUAUGUUGUAGAAGAACCCUAAAGUUGUGACCCGGACAAAAGAUAUUUUGCCCAUGCUUUGAAAAAUAGCUCAAGGCCGAACUUGUGGAUGCCGCCGCCAUGUUUCUCUGUAGCGGAUGGUACAUUCAGAGUGAUCUACUGGGUUUUCCUCCAAGCAUAGUGUUUUACAUGUAGCCAAAAAAUUGAUCUUGGUCUCAUCUGAUCGGAGAACCUUGUCGCUCAUGUAUGCAUAACCCCCUAAACACAAAAUACGGCAAACAAAAAAUAGGAAUUCCUAUAGCUUUCUUUCAAUAAUAAUCUGUCUUCAUGCCACAUAAAGAGCAGCGUCUCCCACCUGAGGCCUUCGUCAAACUUCUGGAUUUACACUGAGCUUAAGCCGAAAGGCAGCUGGUUGCCCUGGAUUUUAUUUUAAAUUCUCAGAAAAUACGUCAAGGUUCGUGGUUGUGACGUGGCAAAGUGUGAGAAAAACCUCGAGGGGUGUGAAUGCCUUUGCACAGCACUGUAAAUGUAUUGAUUUAUUUUGGAUUGACGAGUGAUUAUAAACUAGUUAAAUAUAACAACCUACUAUUGCGAUUUCACAGUGAUUUUAGUACCUGUUACUCCACCGCCUGUUUUGCCCCGUUAAUGAAUGGACUGCUUUGCUCGAGUUUUAUCUUAAACUAGCAGACACGUCUUCAGCUGUUUUGUCCUUUUGUUGAUUUAUUCACCCAGUCGUGUCCCAUUUAGACACACUUAACGAUCUGCCACAGUGGACAAAGUCAUAAAAACUAAGUAUUCACAUUUAAAUGGCUUAAAGGGACAUUGGAGUCACUUUCGCCUAGAAUAUUAAUUACAGAAACACCAAAGUGAUUCCUAAUUGACUGACUAAAAGAUAUAAAGACGAUAUUCAGCUCUACUAUCAUCUGAAGGUUAAUACUUCGGGCCGACUCUGAAUCAGCUGCUGAAUCCACAAAAGAAAAAAAAUCCUCUUUUGGUGGAAAAGUCAUACAAAGCAUCUUGUGGUCAUUAGACCACUGACUCCAAACAAUUUGGUGGAGCAAAAACAAACCAGAUGGAGGAUUUGAUUCUUUAAUCUCAGCGCUCCAUGAAGUCGGCCAGCGUCAUCCGUUACCCGUUAUCUCCAGUGAUAUUCAAAUUUGCUGAACCGCUAGAGCAACUUAAUUCCCACUUUCAGUAGCUGAAGUUUAAUUGCGCGCUUGCCCCAGAAGACUUGUGCCAUCAACUUCUAGGGGGCAGAGAAGAGGCGGGAUGUGUCCAAGCGAAAUAAUUGGCCCACAGCUCAGUUCUGGCUUUAAAUUACUCUCGCUCGCUCAGAGUGUGAUGAACAGCAGCAGCAAACAGGAAGGUGAGAGCUUUAACAGGGUGCGGCAGGAGAAUAGUCCCCAAAUCUGGAUCAAUUUAGAAUUACAUUCAUGUAUUUUUUAGCGCUGUAUGAAUUUUUUUUUUCUUUUUACAUAUCACUGGUUAUAAAAUGCAUUAGUCUUACCCAGGAAAUUUAAAUCGAAAAGUAGUAGCAGGAUCUUGGAUGGAGUUCAUCAUCCAGAGACGUUUUUAGGAAUCCUAACUUGUUUUCAAUGUUCCAACCUGGUUUCCUGUGAUGUUUUCUGUUUCGUCCUUAUUCUGGCCUGACGUGAUGUGGUACUGUUAAUCGUAUCAGCUCAAGCCUUUCUCCUGUACUGAAAGAAAAAAAUAAAUAAACAGAUGUGGGGUGGGGGGGCAAAGGAAGCACACAGCUGUUUCCGUCUCUCCAGGUUGUCAUGGUAACAGUUGCCUUACAGUUAAAUCCCCCACCUGUACACAGAAGCUUUGUAGUGGUCGAUACCUCACUUUUCUCUGGGUGUGGUGAUGAAGGCGAUGGCGUGCACCGCGUUCUGUCUAUGUACCUCCUACUAGAUAGAGCGUAACUUUUUCAGUGAGAUUGUAAUUGCACUCGUUGACUUUGUAUUGUCACAAAAGGGAGAAAUAAUAAAGUUUUAUCUUUUCCAGUGUGUUUAAA